AAUAUCCAGAUUAUUUCAUAUAUCCAUGUAGCCUUUCACCCGCGCCGCGAUUUGACAUUUCAUAACUGGCUGGUGGUUUGUUUUGUUAUGAAUGUUGUUCUUUUCUUUGCUUCAUUUUCAUACGCAAACCGCAUUGAGUAGAAGAGAUCAAUGUCGAGAAUAACAGAGAAGUGAGUUUAUUCCGGAACAAAACCCAACUCUCCUGCUGCCUACUGAUGACUACGUACACCGUCUCAGGGUGGUGUGCGUGUGCGUACAAUUAUUUUUAGCACCAUAUGAAUCUGUGAUGUAGCCUCGUUCGGACACCCUGAAAUCCCGUCCCGUUACAAAAAAAAGCAACUACUGUACGAUUGAAGUUGAGUCGCAGGCAUGACGCUACCACCUCCUCAACCUGUAAUAAGCGAACCGUACAAAGUGGUUCCGAUCCACAAACACCGUGAGCUGAUGGACCAGUGUAUAGCACUAAUAAAUUCGGAAUGGCCUCGAUCAUACACCGCCCGGCUGUGGAGUUUGGAAUCAUCGAAGGAAACACUACCGACCAGCUUCGUGCUGACGACGACGGACAUAAAAGAUGAAACCAUCGUGCUAGCUCAUGCCAAACUCUCUCCCAUUCCUGCGGAUCGGGAGGCUGUGUUUGUGGAAAGCGUAGUGGUUACCCGGGAGCGGCGUGGCCAAGGAAUUGGGAGACUGUUGAUGCAAGAAGUGGAAAAGCAUUGCUUCCACAAGCUGCAUCUUAAGAAAAUUUACCUUUCCACGAUUGACCAGCAAGCAUUUUACGCGAAACUUGGAUACAAACUAUGCAGUGCAAUUAACAUUUUCGGGUCACGUCCCACGCUUAACAAGAGCACCAAGAAAAUAUGGAUGUUCAAGAGUGCGGAUAGUUAGAGCUACUUAAAGACGGGUACUAGGAACACAAUUGUAUUUAUUCUCGUAUGUUGAUAAGUGCUUAGCCUGCAGUAAGUCUGGUAUUGUACUGCUGGGCCUUUGUAUAGAUUAAAGAUGCUAUUUAUUUAGAUAAAAUUCAACAGUAUAGAAACCAUUUGACUCCGUGAAACAGUCUCUCGUGGUUCGCAGCGAGCCGUAUCAUGUUUUGGCGGUUCGAAAGGUGUGAUAAAAAUAGGUACUCGAAUAACUCCCAUCAUCACGGUGUGUACAGGGCUGUUUCACAAAGCUAAUACCAACCGUACGGUAACAUAUGGUUUAUGUUGCGAUAUGUUUUUUUAGGAUCAAUCAUGGCUGAAUUCAUUUCUAAAGUUUAUCCUAAAACCACAUUACAUAUACGUUUUGAUUUGGAGCAAUAGAUUCAACAGAUUAACGUUUUGAUGAAAGAAAUGUGUAUGUUUUCUGACGAACCCUGCUCGCCGGGCUGGACAGGGUUGGCUGAUUAUGUUUCACAACUAAUGACAGUUCAUAAAUAAUGGACGACACGAACACUUUGUUUUCUUGUUAUCGUGCAUCGUUCUCAUCCGUUAUUUCGCUGUAGUGUACUAGUGUUGUGCUUAUUGGUCGUAAAAAAAACUGUAUUAAAUAUGGCGUUCAAAAUAGAGACUUCAAAUCAGGAUACAACUUUUUGGUAUGAAUUCAUCGAACUUUACCGCAAUCUCCCCAUACUGUGGUCAGACGCACAUGAAAACAAACCAAAACAUCUUCGUGAUCGUGCGCUUAAUAUACUGCUACGAAAAUAUCGAGAAACAGAUGCCGCAGCAGGGGUUAGGGAAAUUAAACAACUUUUAAAAGAUCUUCGCUUAGCUUACCGAACCGAACUGAAGCUAGCUUUGGAGCACACAUAUGCCACUGGCAAUAGUUUGAGCAACUACCGAUCGGCUCUGUGGUACUUUGAAGCGUUAAGUUUUUUGGAAUCGAAAGAACUGCGCACUUUAAAAUUGCAUUCCGGUUUAACUGGAGACAAUUCUGGCAUCGUAAUAGAUACAUCUUUUAGCACCAUUGAUGAUAGUUUUUCGUGUAUCAAUAAUUAUGAUGAUGAGAUCGUUCUCUAUUGCAAGUCGCUCGUACCCGCGCUGAAACGUUUACCGCCCCAGCAGUUGAUGUACGCAAAAUAUCACAUCGACAAUGUUGUGAAAUGGGGCCGCAUUGGUAUCCUAACCUAUGACCGGCCGCACAUCGAUGCGGAUGGAUCUAAAAAAUCGUCUGGUGCUGUAAAUGUUGAAAACUCUACCGAGGUGUUGACAACACAAAACGAUAUUUCAGUUCCCCCGAAACGCCUCAAAGUUGAUCAACACAACAGCGAUGAUGCUAACCAUGCUACCACUUCCUUGGCUUAUGAUAUGUGCAAACACAUAUCAAUGCCGUCUGAAGAGUGUUUAGUUGUGGUAGAUGUGUCAGAAAAUGAUAUCGAACAAUUUAAACUAGCUUCCGUCGACAAUGAAUUCGAUAAUCUAUCUUUCGAAACCAGCUCUCCGACAUAUGCUCGACCUGAUGGGACUUCGGAUUCGGAUAGGAUCAUACAUUUGGAAAUCUCCCAUUCGGACUUGGAAGAUGGUGCAGAUCCAUACGAAACGGCAGAUCCACACGAAACGGCAGAUCCACAUGAGACGACAUUGAAAACUGCGGAACCAGUGCUGGAACUAACUCUUCGCAGACAGUGUACGAUGCACUUUUCACACUACAUACGAAACGUGGUGCCAAAAUACAGUGACGAAGAGUUUUUACGACAAUUUCGAAUUGGACGUAAAGCUGUCCAGAUGAUCUGCAACCAUUUAGAAACAACUUCGGCGUACAAGAAAUUAAGAGGACAUGGCGGGUACGAAGCUAUUAGUCCGCAAACGCACGUGUUAUCGUUUCUGUGGUUUCUUGGGCACGAUAAAACGUCCUAUCGGGAUGUAGCAACUCAGUUUAAUCUAUCCGUAAGCUGUUUGCAUAGUGUUAUCUGCAGAGUAGCGGAUGCUAUUUUGAGUAUGAAACACAUCCUGAUGAUACCACUGUCUGAAGCGAGGAAAACAGCAUCGGACAUUGCGUUUUCCAAGAAAUGUAAUUUUUCUGGCGUAAUUGCUUUACUCUCGAUCGGCAGGAUGCGUUGGUGGAACACAAAUCAAGAUUGAUAAACCGAGAGAAAACCCAGAGAGGUAUCUACUUACAAAGGGGCACUAUUCCAUUCAGCUGCAAGCAAUUAUUGAUGAAAACUUACGUUUCGUUGAUGUUUUCGUGGAAUAUCCCGAUGAGCCGGAACUGCUGGAAACGGUCAAACGCAUAUGUGGCAAUAGGUAUUGCUUGCUUGGCAACGCUUCAUAUCCCUGCUUGAACCAGUUGUUGGUGCCCUAUCCUGUCGACGAAGUGUUGCUUACCCAAGCGCAGAAAACUUACAACGACCACCUGCAGACGGUCACUAGUCAAUGUAACCAAAUAUUCGCCCAUCUCAAGACACGUUUCCGCCGGCUGCAUCACCUCAAGGGACGACAUCUAUCUCGGAUGGUGGACUUGAUCAAAGUGUGCUGCAUACUGCACAACCUGGCUUCGGUAGCAGAGUUGAAACAGCUGGAAGGGGAUAUGAACCAACUUCCUCCCGAGCCUAUCUUUACUUACAUCUCCGAAACCCGAGCUCAUGUAGACAUUGUGCAUGGUCAGCAGAAGAGAGAUAAAAUUUGUGCUAAAUAUCUAUAAACCGUUUGUAAAGAAUCGUUAUACUACCACU